AGCGCGUGCGUUUCAUUACCUGACGGACACGCGCUGAGAGCAGCAUGGCUAAAUCUCAGUCCAGACGCUGCUGUCUGUGCGUCCUCGCUUUCAUGUGCACUGCUGCUGUUAUCUGCAUCUGCAUCAUUCUGCGCACCAGACAAAGACAUUGCGACUUUUUUACGCAUGCUGCCGUUUCUGCGGACUCUCAGUUGUGCUCUGAUGUUGGCAGGGAUAUGCUUCUACAGGGGGGCUCGGCAGUGGACGCAGCCAUCGCCGCUUUGCUCUGUACUGGAGUGGUUAACCCACAGAGCAUGGGCCUGGGAGGGGGAUCCAUCUUUACUAUUAUGGACAAAACGGGCAAAGUUACAGUCAUCAGCUCACGAGAGACGGUCCCAAAAGGUGUCAAAGCAGAUUUACUGAAGCGCUGUCCGAAGUCUCUAACCUUCACUACAGGAAGCGAAUGGAUAGGUGUACCAGGAGAACUCCGUGGUUAUCAACACGCACACCGGCUGUAUGGAAAGCUGCCCUGGGACAAACUUUUCCAGCCCACCAUCAAGCUGGCACGAGAGGGCUUUCCCAUGCCAACCUACCUCGGCAAAUUCUUGCAAUAUGAAAUGAUUAAACAGCUGAUUCAAGGCACUAAACUCUGUGAUUUGUUCUGUCACAAGAACAAGACCGUUUUUGGCCCAGGGGAUGUGCUGAGGUUCCCAAAGCUGGCGGAAACCAUGGAAAUCAUCGCCAAAGAAGGAGCCGAUGCCUUCUACACAGGAAAAAUCGCCAGGGACUUGAUAGAUGAUGUAAAAGCUGCAGGUGGAACGUUAUCAGAAGAGGAUCUGAAAGCUUUCCAGGUACGAGUCAGCGAUGCAUGGUCAGUUCAACUGGGGGAUUACAAGAUGCACUUCCCUCCUCCGCCAGCAGGGGGCACGAUACUCAGCUUUAUCCUUCAACUUAUGCACGGGUUCGGCCUCUCUCCAGCCUCCAUCAAUGGAGACCAGAAAAAAGUGACUCUGCAUCGUUACCUCGAGGCAGCAAAAUUUGCAAACGGACAAAAGCGCAACCUAGGAGACCCAUUCUUCAACUCCAGAGAUAUGACAUACAUGACAGACAAGAAGUUUACAGACCGUAUCAGGGCUUUGAUCACCGAUGGACUCACGCACGACGUCUCCUACUACAACGUCACGCCGUCAGCCGACCACUAUGGCACGACGCACGUUUCAGUAAUGGCAGCAGAUGGCAGUGCUGUGUCGGUUACCAGCACCAUCAACCACAUGUUUGGAUCAUCUAUUUAUUCUAAUAAGACGGGUAUCAUCCUCAACAAUGAGCUUGCUGACUUCUGCGGCAAAGCGGAUUCAGUCACGCCAGGUGAAGAUCUGUUUCUAAACAUCAUUUUGCGUUUUGAACAUCUGGACCUUCAUCGUUUUUUCUCCACAGGUGAGCAGCCACCUUCCUCCAUGGCUCCAUCUAUCCUGCAGUCCUCCUCUCAGCGGACGACACUGGUGAUGGGUGGAUCUGGAGGCAGUAUGAUCACUACAGCCAUGGCCCUGUCCAUUAUGAACCACCUGUGGUUUGGUAUGAGUCUUAACGAAUCUAUCGCUGAAAAAAUUGUAUUUGUGAAUUCUAAGAACGCCAUCAACUUUGAGCGUGGAUACGACAAUGCAGCUAUAGAGGCAAUGGCAGCGUUAGGACACGUUGUGGAGCAAAAUCCGUACUUCUUUAAUGUGGUCAAUGGCAUCUCGAAAGAAGGACACUGCAUCAGCGCUGUGUCUGAUGCCAGGAAGGUCGGCAAGUCAGCGGGAUACUGAUGCGUCUCUCAUUCUGCCGGUCAGCUGCAGCUAUAUUGGGGCUAGUUGUCACAUGGCGAGGGCGCAGCAGAAACUAUACAUUUAGAAUCAAAAGUUCAAUUUCAUAUUUUUGAUUGAUUGUUUUUCAGUGGUUUUGCUGUUUGAACUUUUCUAAAUGGCAUGUAAUAAGCAAUUUUAUGGGAAGCUCCAUUUGUGCCAACUCUUAUCACGAAAGGUCGACAUGUUCAACUGCAUUUUUUACACAAUAAUAGUGUAAAUAUUCAAUAGGUGUCUAUAGAAAAAUCGACUUAAAGUGGCAAUAAAUCAGACAGUUUCUGCAUAUCUCAUGUUAAUCUUGAGUACUUACAGAAUAGUAUCGCACCCUUCAAAUAUCCGUAGAGUCUUUAGUUUGAUCACAUUUAUAAAAAUAUUUGCGAAAACAUACGACGCAUGCGGAGGGGGGUCAACAAAACACAGAUCUAUAACUUAGUUUGACUCACGUCCGGCAUCUUUAGCGCUGGGACCGUACCAUCUAUCAGUUUUAAACGAUCUCCAAAUCCAUUAUAUCCACCGUUUAUAUAGCAUCUAUCACUAAAAUGCCGUGAACAAACAAACACACCUCAAUUUCUCUCACUAUCGCAAGAGUAACGACCUGAAGGCCCACAACGCAACCAAUCUUACUGGUAGGCGGGUCUUCCUAUCGCUCGUCGUUUGACGUGUGGGCAGGCUAUUUCUGGAUUUUCAUGUUCGAGAAAAACUUUCCGAAACCUAUACGAAUGCUGGGGGAGUGGAUCGAGCACUGAAAUACUGCGUCAUACGUCCAACUCGUUUUUGACAAGUUGACCAUGUCAAGCAUGAGAAGACUGCACGUUUAACAUUGUAAAGAAGUCAGAAUGCAUGAAACACCGUUGCACAUCCCCUUUAAUAUACCUACUGUAAGAAAAUAUUCACUGGACUAAAACUUGUGACAACUAGACCCGGUCUUUCAUUUUUUUGUUUUUAAGUUUUCUUGUGAUCAUGAAAAACCUAAAAAAGUAAAAUAUACAAUUUUCUAAUAACAGAGAUCUCCCUACAAAGAUUUCAUUCCUUAUUCUAGAAGCUUUACCUCUGUUUUGCAUAUUGUUACUGUAUGUAGGGAGAGCUUGUUUUUUAGUAUUGUCAAAAUGUGAAUGUUACAAAACUGAAUGUAGCACUACAAUUGCUAAAUCGUUUUAGCAUUUAUUUUUAUAUCUUGUGUUCAUGUGCACUUUUGUAUUUUUAUAAGGAUGUACUUUUUUAAAUACCAUAUGGUUAAUCUUCAAUUAAUAUUUUCUACUGUACUGUAAGUGUUUUUAAAUGGUAUGGAUAUCUUUUACUGUCUCUGUAUCUGAGAUAACGUUGAUAGAUGUUCAUAAAGAACACCAGCGUCUUCUCUGACAUCUCAUGAUGCACCGGGGCUAACCAAAUCAAAUAAUCUACUAAAGUGCAUUUUUGUGCAUUUCAUUUUGUCUUAAUAAAUAUCUCUUUUUUUCAGAUCCUGA